UAGAGCGUGCUUAUUCAAAUAACCAACUAAGUCAAGUCAAUUAAACUAUUUGCUGCUAUUGACUUUAGAUUUUAUAGUUGAAUAAUAAUAUUAGGUUAAAAUGAAAGAAUUAUCAACAUUUCAUACCGAACAAAAGGACUCGGAAAAUACCACUUGCGAAAUGCUUGUUAAAAGCGAAAUUUCUUUUGAGCAAGAACAAAUAACAGUAACUGCUUACGCAGAAUUUCCAAAUGAAGAUACUAAUCAAAUUGAAAUAGACACGGGCCCUGAUGAUAAUAUAAGUAUUGAAGACUUAUUAAAACUUCCAUGUAAAAAUCAAUUUCCAAAAGAAUAUAACAAUUAUCAAAAAUGUGACACGACAUUUUCUGAUGCUCUGAGCGAUCAUAACUAUACUUCACAAAAGUUAAUUAUGAGUCAACAUAACUUAAGAAUGGUUCGAGACAUACUUAAAGUAAUUGUACCUAGUAGCUCCAUGAAGAAAAAUAUUGAAACACAUAUAUGGAACUUUUUUAAAAAUACCAUACAUAACUCAAACUUUUACAAGAUAAAGUCAACGGAUGAUAAAAAUACACAUUUAAACCAAAGUCAAACAUAUUCUAUCAGUGAUAGUUCUCAAUCACGCAAUACAGAAGGUAUUAGGGAAAACUUUUCAGAUUCGUUUAAUGUAAAUGAGAAUUAUCUUACUAAUAUGCAUAAUGACUUUGAAAAUCAACAUGCUUUAAAUCCAUUAUUAAUAAGCACAAUACAUUUUGCAAAACAAUUAUACUAUGAAAGUAUGACUUUUGCGUUAAAAACUGAAGAUGAAUUAAAAACCUUCAUAAUAGAAAAAUUAAAAAAAUUCAAGGAAAUAGCUAUGGUUGGAUGCGCAGCUAUAAAUGAAUCGACAGAUAUCAAUUCAGAACAUUCAAUGAACAAAUAUCAAAGCAAUUUUGAAGCCAAAAUGAAUCUUCUUUGGGAAACAUCUGAAUCUUCGCAUACCGAUAUAGACCUCGAAAGUACCUGCGACGAACUGAAAAUAGAGUCACGUAGUGAAAAAAGUAUGAGGCUACUCACAGAACCGUAUGAAUGUACAUCUAGUAAAAUUCUAAAUCUGCAGCAUAAUUUUUCUGAUAAUAUUGAUCUCUCCAACUAUAUAAAACUAGAUAUAAUUGGUAAGACACUUAGCAACGCACUUGACGAGCACUCUGAAAAUAAAUAUUCUUGUUUGACGGACAACGACACUGAUAAAGAAAUCGAAAGAAAGUUCGUUCCAAACUUUUCGCGUGUAACAAAGCCUUUGACCGACCUUCUUAAAAAAGGGGGACCGUUUCCCAUGUCGGAUUCCGAAAAAAGAGCAUUCCUUCAGCUAACUACAGCGCUAUCGAGUCCUCCCAUCCUAUCAAUCUUUAAUCCGCAGUAUGAAACCGAAUUCCACACUGACGCAAGUUCCCACGGGCUUGGAGCUGUUUUGAUGCAGCGACAGCCGGAUAAUAAACUACACCCUGUUUUCUUCUACUCGAGAAAGGCCACUGCAGCCGAAUCUCGCUAUCACAGUUUUUAACUUGGCAAUCAUAUUGUUCACGCAUGAACACAAAUAUAGAUAAGAUGCAUCUGUUAAGCAUUAAAUAAAUCUCUGCCGCAGCGCACUGUACUUGUCUAUCUUUAAGUAAACCCGCCACUUGGGCCUGUGUAAUACAAGCAACCCGAAAUAUGACCUCCUGUGAG